CGUUAUCAACACAAAGACAGUCAUUAAAUCCCCUAUACAAACAGCCUUUCCAAUACACAAAGUAUUUAGCCGGUGUAUUCUUGUGUGUCGCGCUCUCAGGUGGGGUAAUUAAAGGUAUGGUAUAGACGGUUAUUGAUAAAGAACGGACGACUUUCUAUUGCCGAAAGGAUCUGACAUUACCAAAAGGAAUAACAGUGGGAAUACACGGCACUGAAAAGAUUAGUUAAAAUGUUCAACAGACUAAAGUGAAAUGGAAGAAUGUGAUCAUUUAAAUACAUAUUAACGGCAGGAUAUCUGUGAAAUGGUAUAUAUCUAAGUACAGCAUUUACUGGAAACACUAAGGUAUGUCAUAUCUUCAUUAAACCUGUGUCUUAACUGCUUAAUGAUACUUCAUCAGUUAUUAUGGUUACUAAGAUGUAUUGAUUGGUGUCUGUUCUAUAUUUAAUUUACGGGGACAUCAUACAUUUUGAUUACAUGUUAAGGACUCACAUAUGUGAAGUUUAAGUCAUCCAAUCUUUAGACUACCUGUACACGAAAGACUUUGAAUAAAACGUCUAUAUUUUUGUCAAUGUGAAAUGAGAUUUCAGUGUUUAAAUAAGCUUCUAUAUCGAAUACUAAAUGUAAUAAGUAUAGUCAGUCCAAAGAUUACAAAAACAAAUAUUUACGAAACCAUUCGUCCGAAAAAUGAAUAACCUGUGGCCUUAUACCCAAAGUUAUAAUCCCUUUGUCUUCUGUCGAGUGGUUGAUGACAAUGGGUAUGCAGUAUGAUGUUGUAUAUCUGUAGCUACGAACGUCACACUCAUAAUUUGAGAUUAAGGGAUAUUGUCACAAGGGAACAGAAACUGUAAAUUUACCUCACAUGAUCGUCACAGUAAAUGCGCCAUCGAUAAAGAUCACGCUUGGCAAUCUAUUUUUUAGAAAUGAAACAUAUUUUUGAUGUAGAGGAUUUCUGAAUGGUAUUGUAAUUAUCAAACAAAAUGUUGAAGUGGCUUCGUCUACGUAUAAAGAGAUAGCCGAGAGGUACACUGUGUUUUUAUCAAGAUCAAAUACUAUAUAUGAAUGUCUCCCUGAGACUGAUUAGGUCAACCGAGAAACAGCAGAAACGUAAGAAAUUCAUGAAACCUUUCUUCAAUCUUCAAUUCUUCAAUCUUAAAAUACACAUGCCUAUAGAAAAACGGUAUGCUACAUAAUGAAAUGUACCCAAUGGCUACCUUUGUAUUUAAAGUGUUUGACUGUGAAUGGUAUCUCUGAUUCGAUUUACUUAAACAUCUCAAACAUUUAAAUUAAUAAUAAAUCUGAAAAAUAAACAUUAUGCGAUUAGUUACAGGUUUAAAUGUAUUUGCCUGUAUGAACCUGGGGGCUAGAUUAGUGCACCCCGGAACUGACACCUGAGUGUCACAACCAUAAAGUGGAUCAGUGAAUUUGGAUACUGAAAUCCUGUAUGUUUGGUGUUCUAAAACAGUUUCAUCGUAACAUUGGGAUUUAUAUAUAACUCGUAUGAUAUACAAUCUGUCACAAAUGUGAGAUGUAGAGUCCUAAUCACUUAAUUAAUGGAUACUCUGGUCGAGAACUCCUGAUCAUCAACUACAACAUGGAGCGCUUGAUUGGAAGUCGGCCAGCGAGCAGUGCCAGUAAAAUUCAAAGGAGAGCAACUCCCCGAGACCGGGGCCCUACUCCUCGAGACAAAGGCCCAACUGCCCAAGAGCCACCAAAGACCUCAUCUCGAGUGAACUCCCCUGUGGGAUCUCAUGCUGCCACAGACCUGGGAUCGGAACUCGAACUGAUAACCGCAGCGCUGGAGCCAACCGGGGGAACAGUCACUGUUGAUAUUGAAGACGGGGAGGGAUGGGACACGGAUUUAGAGGAUGUCAAAAACUACCCAAGACGGAAAUUGUUAACAGAAGAGGAGAAAGCCCGCUUGGUCUACAUCCGGGCAUGUAUUAAAUUUAGCAUCACACCAUCGUCAUUAUUCCUCCGCGGACUCAAAAAAGGGCAGAUAGACCUUCAAAACCAGGGACUGGGGCCCCUGGGGACUCAGGCAGUGGCCCUUAGUCUAGUGAUUGACCGGAGCGUGACCGAUGUGGUGAUAUCCGGUAAUUACAUAGGACAAACAGGGAUUCGAUACCUCACGGAUAUGUUGUUGGUAAACGACAAUAUCAGCCACGUCGAUGUGUCGGACAACAACCUGCAAUCGUAUGGUGCACAGGCCCUCAGCAACAUGCUGCUACAGAAUGACAACAUCCUGUCCUUAAAUGCCUCAGGUAACCAGUUUAACAGAAACGAUGCACUACUGUUCGCGCAGGCUAUCCAGUUUUAUCGGUUUUCCUUGCGUGUUUUGGACCUCAGUCAUAAUGACCUUGAGAUGGAAGGAGGUCAGCACUUAGGGCCCGCCAUAGCUACCAACGACACGAUAGAAAUCUUGGAUAUCAGCUGGAAUCACCUGGCUUAUGACGGGGUCAAGGCCGUGGCGGAGGGGCUCAAGGAGAACACCAGCAUCAAAAACCUAAACGUGUCAUGGAAUGGUAUUGGCGACGAGGGCGCCCUCUGUGUUGUUCGGGCUGCAAAUGUCAACGAGACGCUUGAAAUCCUACAAAUGGACGCCAAUAGGAUAGGACCGAUUGGUUUGCCCGACCUUCUCAAACAGUUGGCGAGCAAUAAAGUGUUGCUCGAAUUAAAGAUCAGUAAGAACCCCAUCACUACAAUAGGGCCGGAAAGUGCCCUCCAUGUCAUACACGCCCAUCCAGAGAUGGGGAUACAGCUGCUGGAGAUACAGGACUCCUGGCUGACCACUGAAGCCUGUAGACUUGUAUACGAAAUUCAGGAAAUGAAACCUAAUUUUAAAGUCGUGCAUGGCGGCUUCACGAACGCUCAUGACCUUAUAAAGGCUUCUAUAAAGAAGCGCGAGGAGAAUUGUAUGAACGAUCCCUUCCUCUUCCUCAUUAACUACGUCAACGACAACAGACUGCGCUGGAUGGAUCUAUUUAACAGACUGGACACUGACAAAAACUUCUCCAUCAGCUUUGAGGAAUUCCGGGAUGGCAUGAAAUCCAAUAACAUCCCGAUAUCCGACAAAGAUGUACAGGUUCUGAUGGAGAGGCUGGACGAAGACCACGACGGAGCGAUAGAUUUUGGUGAGCUGCUGGAAGGUCAGAAGAAGUAUUUGAAGAGGUUUGAGAAGGUGAUGGGUGUGACUCCAAAUAUUUCAUCGUCUACGCCCUCAACAAGACAGAACUCCAGGCCGCCAUCACGACAAAAGUCGCGACCUUCGUCAAGGACACAGUCGCGUCCAACGUCGCGGCAACAGUCAAGGCCAACGUCCAGAACUGACCGGUCCGCAGCUCUGACCAUCCAACAGAAAGCCAAGUCGGAUAUGGAAACCUACGCACGGACCGUCCAGUCAUCUCAAGAGCCUGCAGUAAAUUCUUGACCAAGCUUUAAUUAGUAUGCUUUUACGCAAAACAAUAUCAAUUUCACUGAUUGCACUCUAGUAUGUCGGAAUAGUUACCAAAUGAAAUUGUGCUGAUUAUUGACGAACUUUAUAUCAAGAUAAAAGGAAAUAAGUGUUUAAUUUUUUUUUAUGUUUUCCUAUGAUUUUAUUACAUCAUGGCUUCCUAUAUUGAACAUUUUAAAUUGUGUGUCUUUAGUGUUCUUACAUCGUAUAUCAACAACAAAUAUGGAUGUGACACCACUUCUGAUCAGCUGAAUCAUAAAUAAUCCAAGCAUGUCUGUUUCAGUUGUGGAACUGAUUAAUAAUACCACUGUUCUAAGUGUUUAUCACCUGUAUUGGUGUUAUUGAAUUAUUUGCUGAU